AAUUCUAAGCCUGAAGAAUUGAAUAUCAAUACUCAUGAUGAGGAGAACAUCACCAUCUUGACAAGAUUCACAACUUUAGCCAUCCUCCCAGCUGACAAAAUCAUCUGAUCAUAUACAGAGGAAAUUCUCAACAAAAUGACUGCUGAUAAGAAAAAUGAGAUGGAACAAUUCCUCAGUUAUUAUGAAACAAACUGGAUCCAAUCAGUAGGUCCUGAAGAAUUAAGUUGUUACAAAAAUUCUGGUGCCACUGAUGCUUACCAACGUUCGAUGCUCAAGAUAUUGUUACAAUUUAAUGAACGAGAUAUAACUUUGUGGAAGUUUAUGGAAAGAAUCAUUCAUUGUCAGGAGAAGAUACAUAAGGAAUUACAAGCACGUCCACAGUCAGUCCCUCAUGCUUGGACUCCAAAGGUUUAUCCUCUUGCCGAUGAUAAUUCCUCCCUGCCGAAACAAUGGGAUAAGUAUCACAAUAGAGCUAUUGACGAGGCACGUUUGAUGCAAGUGGCUGUCUUCUGUUUGAGGACCAGUUUUCUAGACAACUUAGCAAAUCCUGAUGAAUAUCCAAAAACUCAUCAACUUUUCCAGGGCGCUGGUUAUGAAGAACGAGCUUUAAUGAUGCCAAUUUUUACGGCAAGAGAACCAGCACAAAAUCUCGAGAAAUUGUUGAGAAGAAUCAACCCCAAUGCCCGAAGAGUACGUGCUCGUCGACAAGUAGCUGCACGAGCUGCCAACAGAGCUGAAGAUGGGGUUCACAAUGCUGGGAAUAAUGCAGAAAAUUUUUAUGCUCAGAGGCCAAAUGUGGUUCCUGAUCUACCACUUCAUAAUGGAGCCAGGGCAAAUCAAGAUGCUGAAGACAACAUUGGUGCUCCUCGUCAGCCACAACACGAAAAUGGAGCUGGAGCUAAUGAAGACAUGAAUGAUGGAUUGAAUGAUGGUGCUCGAAGGCAAAUUAUUGGUCAUGCUAUCGAGCAGGCCCCUGGAGAUCUAAGAGGAAGAGAUGAGAGAAUUUUCGAUGAUGAAAGAGGAAACAUAAUUCUCGACGAUGAUCCUAUCUUCGAUCCUCCAGAAGAUGAUUAUGGCCAUUUAAAUGCAAUCGAAGGGCCUAUCCAAGAUUUUGCCCUCCUCCCAGAUGAUGAGGAAAGAGAACAGAUAGAGAGAGAAGUGAGACAACAUCUAGAAGACAAUGAUGGUAGGAUUUGUGUAUGCUGCCACACUAAUCCAGCAAACGUUAUUUUUUAUCGAUGCAGACAGAGUCUUGUGUGA